AUGGCGGACAUAAAGCACGGCAGGAAUCCAACUUUUAGACACAAGCGCUUUCAUGUCUUCAAGCCGUGCUCUUCUCUCAAAGAAUCCAAGAAAAAGACCCUCCAAAAGGCCUCCUUCAUCCCCCAAAACCUCAGAUUCAAUAACCCCAAGAACGACGACGAUGCCAACGACCAAUCUGAUGGCGGCUCCGAAGGGGAGACCGCCGUUAAAGGGACCAUCUUGGCAGGCCUUCUGCUUGUCGGCGUCGUUGGAGGAUUCGGAUGGGCUGGGUACAUUUACAAGGAUCAGAUUAACGCAUUCUUGACGCAGUUAUCGGGCUUCAUCGAAGGUUAUGGGCCAGCUGGAUAUGCUUUAUUUGUAGCUGUUUAUGCCGGAUUGGAGGUCCUUGCAAUUCCAGCUAUUCCAUUAACCAUGUCGGCUGGUCUUCUCUUUGGCACUGUUACUGGAACUAUAAUAGUUUCUAUCAGUGGAACGGUGGCAGCAACUGUUGCCUUUCUUAUUGCAAGAUAUUUUGCCCGUGAACGUAUUCUGAAAUUGGUCGAAGGAAACAAGAAAUUUCUAGCCGUUGAUAAAGCGAUUGGAGAGAAUGGUUUCAGAGUUGUCACCCUUCUGCGUUUGAGCCCUUUACUUCCGUUUUCUCUUGGCAACUAUCUGUAUGGAUUGACAUCAGUGAAGCUUGUACCCUAUGUGUUGGGCAGUUGGUUGGGGAUGCUUCCAGGAACAUGGGCUUAUGUCAGUGCUGGUGCAUUUGGGCGAGCAAUCAUACAAGAAGAAUCAGAUGUGGGUUUACCAGGAGGAAAUGGUCAGUUACUGACACUGGGCCUAGGCCUCUUAGUUACAGCAUUGGCUGCAACUUAUGUCACGCGAAUUGCAAAGGAUGCUAUCAAAGACAUCGAGUAGACAUCCAGACAAAGAUAUGCCUGAAAUUUCGAUUGUGAAGACAGCCUAAUAAAGGUAAAAUGUGAAAUAGAUGGGUAUGUCGGUCUUGUAAAAAUUAAUGAUCAUCAUUUACAUGUAUCUUGAUAGAAUUUGGUUGAUUUUAAGGUGUAAUAUCUGCAAUUUGUAUCAGUGGCUAGUCCUUGUUUUCUGUAAAUCAGCCAAAGCAUUGGAUGUUGUGGUUUUAGUGGCACAAUUAUUCUAUCUGCGGUGCCAAUAUGAUUGAUCAAAUCCAAAGAAGAGUAGCAGCCAAAAUUUUCUGACAA